CACGUAAGCAGUGCCACAUCAGCAGUGCCACAUCAGACAGUGCCACGUCAGACAAAGUGCCACGUCAGCAGUGCCACGUCAGCAACAUGACGGGCCUGCCAGGCCAACAGGCCAAUGAGCCCAUUGCCGACUACAAAAAGCGCUUCCAUGCUCAGCUCGCUCUAAUCGAGGCUGAGGAACAACGCCAGCUGGCAGCCAAGGCUGCCCAGCUACAGGCUGAAGAAGCGGCAACAGCAGAGAAGCUGCGGCUACAGGCCGAAGCAGACGCAGAUGCCCAGGUUCGCAGAAAGGAAGCCCAGGGUCUGCUGCAGCGGCAUGAAGCCAACAGCAUCGAGAAACUCAAGUUCUGGCACUUUGAACCGAACGGCGACGAGCCAACACCGGAAGAACAGCAUAAGGAGUUCAUGGCCAAGCUCGUGAGCAGGUUGGUUUACACGUGUAACCACCUACAGUCCGAGCUGGCAAACCUCCAGCGGGCUGUGCGGAAUCAUAAGACUCAGCACGAGGAUGCCACACGGGCACUGGACGCCCGUGUACUCGGCCUGGAACAGGCUGUACCAGGACCAGAUACUGGGGCUUCCAGCAGUGCAUCCUCUAGCCGCCAACUGGAGGAACGCGCUGACCACGUAGUGGAAAUACUCAGCGACAUCAGCACCUUUGCUGCGCCGACCACCAUCAGCAGUCAGCUGCAUACCUUGAAGACCGAGGUCCAGCAGUUGCAGUCGACGAACGCGGAUGACAAUCCGAAGAUGUACAAGAUGCCAACUUUCCAACUAACCAAGUUCAACGACUACACGCAGCAGGAUCCGGUCCUCUCCAGGGAGGCAUUCACGACGCAACUCAGGAUUCUGACUGUCGCCAAGCACACGUACAUCGGCGCCCUGUUCCUGAACUCAAAGGGCGGAUGCGAGACCUGGUUGAGCCACCUAGCAACCUCCCAUUGCGUCGACGUACCGGACUUGAAGGACAAAAUCACAUGGGAUGAAUUGACACGGCUGUGGAAGAAACGGUUCAUCGUCGACGACGAGCCGGCACUCGCCAUCAACCACCUGAAACUCAGCUCCGCGGAAGGUGAGGCGACUCCACCUUCUACUUCGCCAGAUUCGGCCGCCUUGCUAGCGGCCUCCUGCACAUCUGGGGAAAACGCGAAUGUCGCAAGUUCUCGUUACACUUACGAGGACUAUGCUGUCCACUUCGUUCCACCGCUGGACCAACCGCUCCACGUGCAACAAUCUACCCCAUGCACGGUUUCAUCACCAUCGGCAACCGAUUCGGCAGCUUCGCCGCCAUCUAUCGCCGGGGAUUCAUCGUCGUGGUCAAGACUUGAGGUGCUCGACCCACCGACGUUCACGGACUUCAAGUGGAUGCCCGUUCCCCCGACCGGACAAUUGCCGAAACUGCAUUGCAAUGUGCUCAUGGCACAACUGCGAGAUUACUUGCACACUGCAAUACCGACUCCGUUGAUGGACGCCGGAGUAGAGGUUGUCGACCUUCACAUCUACAUUGAGAAGAUCGACCACGAGUUCCAGAUGCAACGGUACGACGACAUCGACGCACCAUUGCUAUAUGUACGCAUUCAAAUCGGGGAAGCGACCUGCAGCACUCUGAUCGAUUGCGGAGCAUCUAGCAACUACAUCAGCCAGGACUUCAUGGUGCGCGCCGGCCUUGGCCCACGCGUCCGGAGGAAGCCCUUACCUACGCAAGUCACACUCGCAGACGGUCACACGCACAAGUCAAUCGACCGGUGCUUUGACAGCGUCCCAGUGUACUUUGCCCCUCACGCAAGUGAGGCGGUGUCCUUUGACAUUCUGGACACCAAAUUCGACAUGAUCUUGGGCAUGUCAUGGCUGCGAAGCAAGGAUCACCCGGUGAACUUCUUCAACCGCACCGUUCACGUUCGCCCGCACGGAGUAGUACCGGAUCGACCCAUCCGCCACGAGAUCAUCCUUGAGGACGGGGCCGUACCUCCGCGCGGUUGCAUCUACCGAAUGAGCGAGGAAGAGUUAAGUGUGCUUCGGGCACAACUCGACGACCUUCUGAAGAAAGGCUGGAUUCGGCCUAGCUCAUCACCAUACGGUGCUCGUGUUCUCUUCGUCCGGAAGAAGAACAAGGACCUGCGGUUGUGCAUCGAUUAUCGCAAGCUCAACGCGCACACAAUCAGGAACGCCGGCCCUCUCCCACGCAUCGACGACCUUCUCGAGCGAUUGGGCGGCGCCCAGUUCUUCUCUAAGCUGGAUCUCAAAUCAGGGUACCACCAACUCGAGAUUCGCAAGGAGGAUCGCUACAAGACCGCGUUCAAGACUCGGUAUGGGCAUUUCGAAUGGCUGGUCAUGCCAUUUGGCCUUCCGAAUGCCGCAGCCACUUUCCAAGCGGCUAUGACGACGGAGUUCCGACACAUGCUGGAUCGUUUCGUACUGAUCUACCACGACGACAUUCUGGUUUACAGCCAGAGUCUGGACGAGCAUGUGGAACACCUGCGCACCAUUUUGGAGCGGCUACGACAGGCCAAGUACAAAGCAAACCGCGACAAGUGCGAGUUCGCACGGCAGGAGCUGGAGUACUUGGGACAUUAUGUGACGCCGCAGGCAUCCGUCCGCUUGCGGACAAGAUCGAGGCCCUACGAGUAUGGCACGAGCCCACCAACACCACGGACGUUCUCGCCAAAGGUGCCAUUCGUAUUCGAUGACGACGCACRCCGGUCAUUCCAAGCACUUAAGACGGCYAUGCUCAUGGCACCCGUCCUYARCAUYUAUGACCCCACCKUGCCGACRMSAAUGACUACGGACGCUUCYGGCUAUGGCAUUGGGGCAGUCUUGGAACAGCACGACGGCGACGACUGGCACCCUGUGGAGUGUUUCAGCCACAAAGUGCCUCCCAUCAACUCGCUUGAUGAUGCAAGGAAGAAGGAGCUACUCGCAUUCGUCAUGGCUCUCAAGCGAUGGUGGCACUUCCUCCUUGGGCGUCGUAGGUUCACAUGGGUUACGGACAACAAUCCAUUGACCUACUACAAGACGCAGGAUACGGUGAGCAGCACGAUCGRACGAUGGAUGUACUUCAUCGACCAGUUUGACUUCACACCGAAACAUCUUCCCGGMMUCUCAAAUCGCGCAGCARAUGCACUCUCGCGAAGACCAGAUCUUUGCGCUAUGACACAUCAUGCCUUCGCRUUCGACGAGGAGCUUCAGCGACACUUCAUCCGGGCAUAUCAGUCUGAUCCGGACUUCGCCACGCUGUACGCACAGCUAUCUUCGGAUUACCCGCCGGCCAGCCACUAUCGCAUUGCCAACGGAUACUUGCUCCUCCACUCGAGAGGCAAGGACUUAUUGUGUGUCCCACGCGACCGUAGUAUUCGGACUCGCCUCCUCGGCGAGUAUCAUGAUUCACGACUCGCCGGCCAUUUCGGAGUCAACCGCACUAUCGCACGGCUUCGACAGCGAUUCUGAUGGCCCGACCUCGUUACCGAUGUCACUCGGUAUUGCGACUCUUGCGAAGUUUGCCGACGCAGCAAGCCCUGCAACCGCAAUCCCUACGGCGAGUUACACCCGAUG